CGUCGCUAAUUGGUCAAUUGGCCGGAGCUGUGGCCGAGUGAGAAGUAACUGGUCAAGUACAUAGUGUUGAUAAGAAAAAGUUAGGGGAGGCCGCGAAACCGAGCAAAGAUAUUACGGCUUGUUGCAAGAAGAAAUAUUUCUACACAAGGAUGUGAAUGAAGCUUGCGAUGGUCAAACUCCCCCGUAGAAAAUUCUGAGCGCUGAAUGUAGUGGUCCCCCCGAGUGUGCGUGUACUUUAGGAUUGCAGGGACUUGCGUGUUGUUACAGUAGGUAAGAAAAAUGAACAGAGGAAAAGGAAGAAAAAAUUACACUAGCAUCAUCAUAUAAAUGACCAUCAACAUAAAACUGAGACAAGCCACUCACAUGGAGGAUUGCCAGCUCUAACUGUUUCAUAGUGAAAAAUAAAUUGUGUUCGGAAUCAUAAACUAACUGUCUGGUUUUGGGAAACUUUUAAAUCCUUCAAGCUGGCGAGUCCCGGAGACGUGUUCAGCAUGAUGCAGGAUCCUUAUUCCAUGAUGCACAGAGAUGAUCGCUUCUACAAAUAUGGCGGUCACUCUCGUCAGAUGACCACCUCUACCUCUGUCCAGGGGAGCUCGUCAUCGUUUUACAGUAUGAGCAUGCCCUACCAAGAGCCUACUCAUACUCUAACACAAAGUGAUCUCGCUGUGAUGUCAUCUCAAGGGCAUUCCACGACCCCGUCCGAAUUCCCUGCUCCGAGGGUCCCAUCAGGGGGCAAUGGUCACUCGCCCUCCUCACUCAUGCCCGGGCCAUCCAACACUGGGCCCUCCACCUCACACCAGUCCUCUAGUGCCAUGCCACCUAUAAUGGAUCUGAAUUCUCAAUUGCACACCGGUGAAUCAAUUCAUAAUGUUGGAAGUCACGAGACAUCAUCACAAGAUCUCGAUUCUUCUCACCUCUCCUCUCCUUCCAGUACAUCUAGUGGCCCAUCUACACCGCUGGAUCUGGCCAAUCAGGGCGACAAGAUACCCCCCAAAAAAAGACCCCAUCUGACACCCGAUAACCAAAAGGAUGAAAUGUAUUGGGAAAAACGGCAAAAAAAUAACGAAUCUGCCAAACGUUCGCGAGAAGCCAGGCGAAUGAAGGAAGAACAGAUUGCACUUCGUGUUGUGUUUUUGGAACAGGAAAAUCUUCAGCUUCGCACUGAAGUUUCACUUCUUAAAAGCGAGAUUGAAAAACUCAGGUGUAUGUUGUACAACCAUUGACAUAGAUACUCAUUGAAAUUGAAAUUCCGGUGUUCGAAUUCUCUUUUAACCAAGAGAAAUAACUCUUGUUUUGCAACUGUGCAGUGAAUUGUGUUCAGAGAUUAUAUUAUAAAUGCCUGUCUCGGUUUGAAUUAUGAGAUAUGUUCUCAGGGAGUUAUAAGAAGGCUCAGGGAGAUUUAUAUUACACAAGUUAUCGGAGUGCAACGAGUAUAGUGUAGUGACUCAUUCAAUUCAAAAGUUUAUUGAUAUUAAUUUGUUAAUUUUGACUUCUUUUUUUUAAAUGCCGAGUUGAGUGGGUACAAACUGCCAAUAUUUACCCAGUGUGUUGACUGUGUUUUUACAUUUCCCAUUCCAAUAGCAGGAGUAGCAUAUUAUGUAAAGGAAUUCUUCCACAACUUAUUUCACUCACUUGUUAUUGCAAUACUAAUAUAAAUAAACUUUUCCCAGUCUUUAAAAAAAAUCUAUGAAUUGCAUGUAGUACCUCUAUUUAUUCCAUAGACAUCACAUUCCCAACAUUUUAAUAUUCUAUCUUCACUCCGUUCAACAGACUCAGUUUUAGAGAUGGCACUAGAUAGAAUCUGUGACUGAUUAGCAAUACUCCAUAUUCUGCCUAUACAUCCUGACAUGGUAAAUUCAAUAUUUUAGAUUGAUCACUAUUAGAAGGGCUAUAGUGGAACCCUCAAAGAUGGAUCAUUAGAAUGAAGAAUGGAUAUUCUAUAAAUACUUAAAAAGUCUUACCGGUGUAAAAGAAUUAAAUUUGGAGUUUUUGGUGUGCCUGGAAUGAAUCAUUUUUAGAGAAUUAUCCAUUGUCAACUGUUCACUCUGUUACACUGUAGACAUUUAUACAAUGAGAUACCGGUGGUCAUAUUUUUGUAUGUGUUUGUGUGCUGUCCAUGAUAUGUUCAGUUAUAUAACUCAAACCUUGUUCAAAUGUAUCUCGUAAUGUAUAUAGUGUAUAGCCAAUAUCGAUGACCAAAUUUUAUUAUAUAUGUAUGUAAUUGUUUGGGUAUAAUUUCAAUUAUCUAAGUAUGAAGUCAUUGGUUUUUUGUUUUGUUUUGUUUUUGUAAUGAAAUGUCUAUACACUAAAUCUGCAAUAUCAUAUUUCUAUUGUGUAGAUUUUAAGUUAGUUUUACUGUAACACCAUUUACAGUUAGAUAAAGGUGUAUUCUAAAUAGUAUAACCCCCCACCCCCAGAUGGGGGUAAAUUCAUGAUAAUCAAUGCAAUUUGAAGAGGAUUUCACGGGCAUUACAUUUGUGUAUAUAUAGAACAUAUUUACAUGUACUUUUAAAUAUGUUUGUGUACAUUUCAAGAUAAUGUGUUGACAUAUUCUGACAAUACAUAUACAUUGUAUUGUAAAUAGCAUAAGAAAAAUUAAAUUAUUAAAUAUCCACGUAAAUUGUGCAAGGAAAUCCAUAUUAAAUAUUCUAUCAAAUCAAACAUUUGCAGACACAAUUUAUUUUGGUGUCUGUGUGUUUGUAAGAAUUCAAUUUCCAAAAUAGUUCAUUAUUAUCAUUUAAUCUACAAGUUAUGAAAUACCUCAUAUUCUCGUAGGGCAGGCAAGGUAAUGCUCUCCAUUUUGUUCAGAGACAGGAAAUGAUGCACAACUUAUCUUAAGUUUUAGUAGUAAAAGCUAUACAAGAUGAA